CACAAAAUCCCGCUGCGAUGUCUCUGCUGUGCGUUAGAGUAAAGAAAGCCAAACUCCACGGGCCCCCAGACAAAUUCAACGCCUACGUGACUUUAAAGGUGCAGAAUGUGAAAAGCACAACUAUCACAGUCCGAGGGGACCGGCCAUGUUGGGAACAAGACUUCAUGUUUGAGAUCAGUCACCUGGAGUCCGGGCUGGUGGUGGAGCUGUGGAACAAAGGUUUGAUCUGGGACACGAUGAUCGGCACGGCGCUGAUACCCCUCAGCUCCAUUCGACAGUCUGACGAGGAGGGACCAGGAGAGUGGACGUCUUUGGACUCUGAGGUGUUAAUGAGGGAGGAUGAGAUCUGCGGCACCAGCAACCCAACUCCGCACCAAGUGCUGAUGGACACUCGCUUUGAGUUGCCCUUUGACAUUCCCGAAGACGAGGCUCAGUACUGGACCAGCAAACUGGAGCGUAUACAUAAUGAGUAUCCAUCACAAGAUGAGGGCCAGAGAAGAAGAAUGCCAUCUGUGCCUUCCCAGUGCUCUUUUGAUGACCAUGACAGUGCAGUGGACGACUGGGACAGUGAAACUGGAAACAAACCUCCACCCUUCCACAACACUUCCCAAACAAAUUCCUCGGUGCAUCAGUAUCCCAUGAUGCGCAGGGUUCAACAUCAAACGCUGUCAAAGGAGUCUGACUCUGUGCAUAGCUAUGAGCUAGAAAUGAGGGGGCCCAGCCCUCCAGACAGCAGCCACUUUGAUUCGUCAGGCAACCUCAGCCCAGUCAGCUCUCAGCUGAGCUCUGAGCCUGAAGAGCGCCGGCAUGUCGAGUCCUGCCACCCCAGUAAGCCUCGCCCUCCUCUCCAAAACCAGCCGUCCAACUGGAACAAGGAAGAAGAGGACGAUGCUGAAAAGGACGUGCAUGCACUGCCAGAGCCUGGUUCGAAGAAAGAUUUAAAGGACUCUUCAGACAUCCUUCCUAAACCAACCUUGGACAACUGCGAUAACAAGAGUCAGACAAAUGGUUUCUUCGUAGAUGGCCCUCCACCCUGCUCUCCGUCCAAAGUUCGCUGGCUGAAAGCCUACAACAAAGUGAGAGUGAAACUGCACGAGAGCCGAGAUCAAGAUGGUGACCUCAGCAAGCACCCGUGGGCCAAGCCAGGGGGGAACACACCGUUUGGCAUCGACAGCAUGCCAGAUCUCCGCAAGAGAAGGCCCAUUCCCCUCGUUAGUGAGCUGGCGAUGUCUAUGCUACAGUCCAGGAAAGCUGGACUCGCCCACACACUGGCCACACGGACCUCCCUGAAAGACGAAGAGCUUAAAAACCACGUAUACAAGAAGACCCUGCAGGCUCUCAUCUACCCCAUCUCCUGCACCACGCCGCACAAUUUUGAAGUGUGGACCGCCACCACACCCACUUACUGCUACGAGUGCGAGGGUCUGCUGUGGGGCAUCGCCCGGCAGGGAAUGCGCUGUGCAGAGUGCGGGGUCAAAGUGCAUGAGAAAUGCCAAGAGCUGCUAAACGCCGACUGCCUGCAAAGAGCGGCCGAGAAGAGCUCCAAGACCGGGGCAGAGGACCGGACGCAGCACAUCAUCAUGGCCAUGAAAGACCGGAUGAAAAUCCGCGAGAGGAACAAGCCAGAGAUCUUUGAGGAGAUCCGUAAAGUGUUCAACAUCUCCAAGAUGGUCCACACCCAGAACAUGAAGAACAUUAAGCAAAGUGUGCUGGAUGGCACUUCCAAGUGGUCAGCCAAGAUCACCAUCAAUGUCGUCAGUGCCCAGGGUCUCCAGGCCAAGGACAGGACAGGUUCCAGCGAUCCUUAUGUGACCAUCCAAGUGGGUAAAACCAAGAAGAGAACAAAGACGAUCUACGGCAACCUGAACCCAGUCUGGGAGGAAAAGUUCAGCUUAUGGCAGAUUGGAUUGUUUGGAAGCAGGUUGCCUCCCACCAGUCACCCAGAGGCUGAGGGAGCUGCACACUCAACCUCUGCCAAUCAGUUGAAUAUGUUUCACUUUACGACGGAUGUCGAAGGAGGCGGCGCGGUGAAGAUCCCAGCUGCUCAGGGAGACGACGCGUGGAAGGUUUACUUCGAUGAAGUGCAACAGGAAGUUGUGGAUGAGUUCGCGAUGCGUUACGGUGUUGAGUCCAUCUUCCAGGCCAUGACCCAAUUCUCUUGCCUGUCCUCUAAGUACAUGCUGUCAGGGGUGCCGGCAGUGAUGAGCACCCUGCUGGCCAACAUCAAUGCCUUCUACGCCCACCCCACCGCCUCCACCAACGUCUCUGCUCCAGCCAGAUUCGCAGCCUCCAACUUCGGGAAAGACCGUUUUGUGAAGCUCCUGGAUCAGCUGCACAACUCCCUGCGUAUCGAUCUCUCCAUGUACAGAGUCUUGGAACUGCAGAGUCCUCCCCGUGCAGCCAACGUGGUGCGAGAUUGCGUCAAGGCCUGCCUGAACUCCACCUACGAGUAUAUCUUUAACAACUGUCUGGAGCUCUUCAACCGCCAGUUUCAACCCGCCGUCCAAGCACCCGAGCCAGACAAGAAGAAGAAGAAGAAGAAGGAAAAAGCAGAGGGUCAGGAAGCUGAAGAUGAUGAUGAAGAGGAGGAGGAUGAAGAAGAGGAGGAAGAGGAGGAGAAGAAAGAGGAGAGUCAACCGGAAGAGCAGGGCCCAAGCAUCCAGAAUCUGGACUUUUGGCCUAAACUCAUCACACUCAUUGUGUCCAUCAUUGAGGAGGAUAAGAACUCGUACACGCCCAUCAUUAACCAGUUUCCUCAAGAGCUCAAUGUGGGUAAAGUCAGCGCAGAGGUCAUGUGGAUGCUCUUCGCUCAAGACAUGAAAUAUGCCCUAGAGGAACACGAGAAGCAUAAGCUCUGUAAGACUGCUGACUACAUGAACCUGCACUUUAAGGUCAAGUGGCUGCACAACGAGUACGUUAAGGAGCUGCCCGCCUUCAUCGACGCUGUGCCAGAAUACCCUGCAUGGUUUCUCCAGUUUGUCCUUGCCUGGCUCGCUGAGAAUGAGGAGGUAUCCAUGGAGUUUAUGCACGGAGCGCUGGAGAGAGACAAGAGAGAAGGGUUUCAACAGACAUCUGAGCAUGCUCUGUUCUCCAGCUCGGUGGUGGACAUCUUCACUCAGCUCAAUCAGAGCUUUGAGAUUAUCAAGAAGCUGGACUGCCCUGACCCCAAGGUGGUGGCACAUUACAACAGACGCUUUGCCAAGGUGAGCCCUGUGCCGUUGUUUAGAGCCCAUUUCAUAACUUUGGUCUCUGGAGCACUGAAAAACAUCUCAGAUCUGACAGUUUUUUAUUCAAUUCUCUGUUUUCUGGGUAAACGUGAACAUAUGCAGAGCAACAUCCAGCAGAUGAGAGUCCUUUUGGAGAAGAUGUUUGAGUCCAUGGGAGCAAAACAGCUGGAUACUGAGGCGGCUAACAACCUGAACGAUCUGCAGGUGAAGCUCAGCACCGUCCUGGACAAUUUCAGCACCGUGUUUGCUAAGAGUUUCCAGACUCGCAUUAACGGCUGCAUGCGUCAGAUGGCUGAGAUUCUCUACCAGAUGAAAGGCCCCCCCAACCACAGCACCGCUGAGGCAGACGCUGACACCAUGCUGAGGCCCCUCAUGGAGUUUCUGGAUGGGAAUAUAAAGAGCCUUAAGGGAGCUCAGCUCCUCACAGCAGCUAAAGGACUUUCUAACCUGAAGGGAGGAGGUGAAGCCAAAACCCUGACGCCCAAGCAGUGCAUAAUUAUUGAUGCAAGCCUCGAGUCAAUCAAGCAAUAUUUCCACGCAGGAGGAAAUGGGCUGAAGAAGGCGUUCGUCGAGAAAAGUCCUGAACUGGCAUCGCUGCGUUACGCCCUCUCCCUCUACUCCCAGAGCACCGAUGCUCUCAUCAAGACCUUCGUCACCACACAGCACUCCCAAGUGCAUGAUGGGAUGGGCAUCAGAAUCACCGCCAAUGAGAAGAUCAGACCUGAUAGGGUCAUCGUGGUGAACGACAUGAAGUGGCAGACGUCUGGGAUGUUUCGGCCUUUCGUCGACGUCUCCAUGGUCGGUCCAUUCCUCGCUGACAAGAAGCGCAAGUUCACCACAAAAUCCAAGAACAACAGCUGGACGGCUAAAUUCAACGAGGCUUUCCAGUUCGUCCUGGGUAAAGAGUCCCCAGACUGCUACGAGCUGCAGGUGACGGUGAAGGAUUACUGCUUCGGACGGGCGGACCGGGUGGUCGGCGUGGCCGUCGUUCAGCUGCGCGACGUGGCCGACCGCAAGAGCUGCGUGUGCUGGUGUCCUCUCGGGCCGCGCAUUCACACCGACGAGACGGGCAUGACGGUGAUGCGUAUCCUGUCCCAGCGUCCUGCUGACGAGGUGGCCAAAGAGUUUGUCAAGCUGAAAUCGGAAACUCGUCCCGCGGAGGAAGGCAGAUGAGCCGAAACGGGCUUUACUGAAAGCGAGGUUUAGAAGCGCGGCUUUGUCUGUUUUCUGUGAGCAGCGUUUCACCUUCAUCCUUAACUGACGGAGACCCUUCUGCCUGAUGACGUACAACGAGUUUAUCAGAGUUGGAAUGAGAAAAAUGGAUUUGUUAAAAAGGGCAAAUUUUGAGGAAGAGAUCGUCUCUCAAAAUGUAAAAAAAAAAACCAGUCCUAUCAAUGGAUUUUAUAUCAGACGAUGAUUUUAGAGAGAAUCACCAAUCCAACCAACCCUACGAGAAAGCUCUUAGCAACGACAGAAAACUCUUUUAACAGGAAGAAACUUCUGGAAACGUCCUCAGGAACGGCAGCCAUCUGCUGUGAUCAUUUCAGGUGAAGGGAAGCUCAGCAUAGCAUCCAUCCAGUUAACUUUGCUUUUGUUUGUGGUGUCAUUUCAUAAUUUAAUAUUUUAGUGAGUUAAUCUGGAUAAAAUCAUUCUGACUUUCAAAUACCACCAAGAUACUUGACCGCGCGACACAUUUUAAAACUAGACCUAAACAGUAACCUCUGAAGUUUAGCAGCAGGACGACAGCUCAAACACUCCCCUUUCACUCAUGCGUCUAUAAACAACCUCCCUCUGUUUUUUCAUGACUCCAGGGGCCCCUGCCGACCCUCAGUGAGGCCGACACCACUGUAGGUCUUUGCUCACCCUCUAUAAACUAAAUGUGUUUCAGGGUGUAGUCCUUGCUGGUGAACUGACUGUGAGUAUCACUGAGAUUACACGAGCCCAUAUUCUUCUUAUAAUGUUUGAGCCUUUGAGGCCUUUAAACUCCGUGUGUGACUCUGGAACAACCUCUGGAUCCAAAACCUGAUGUCAUGAAAACACACUAAAGUGAACAAAUUUAUUUGUUUACUUUAUUUGAUUUGUUGCAGAAAGCCGAAACAUUUAAGACUGAUACACAAUUUAGUCAUAGACGAAGUUGUAACUGUAACAAACAUAUGUUAAUUAACACAACUUAAGAAAGUCAUCACACAGUAGUCAGGAUAUGCAUUAUCCACAGAGUGAGCGUCACACAUUUGCAGCCAAAUUUAACAGUGUGAAAUGUUGUGAUACAGCGUCAGAUCCUGAUGAUUUACAGGUAAUUAAACAGGAAAUGUCUCAGACGUAUUUUUCCCUUUGAUGUUAGCUUCAGACUGAUCUAUGAAACCUGCAGGAGCACUAAUACGGGCUGUGGUUUGAUUUUGUAGCAAGUUUUUAUGGAUUGCGUUGCCUUAAAAUAAGCAGAUGAGUUAGCUAACGAAGCUAGCCUGCUUUAAGAGACUUGAAAUAUGACAACACUGACUUGUAAAUUUAAAGAAAAGAUGUUAUUCAGAAGCAAAAGCUCUGACUGACUGCUGGGCCGUUGGGUGUUUGAGGUUUUGAUUUAAUGCUAAUUUGUGAUGGUGACAAAAUGCUGUGAAUGGAAACAACAGCUAAAAAACCCUUUUAAGUGUUACACAGCGUGAACACGAAUAUAGGACCAAACAUGAUCUUUUUGUUUACUUUAACAGUUUUUACAAACUAGGACAGAUACAAUCAGCCGCUGCAGCCUCGCCGCGCGUGCACCGUCACAUAUUUGACCGUUCUCGUGUUUCCAAACACGAGGUGGCAUUUUGCAUUAACGUAAAACUUUGAAAGAAAAUACAGGCAGAGCAAACAGGCUGACUGUAAGUGGGGUUUUUUCCACCCUCUUGUCUGUUUAUGUGCCAAGGACCUCCGUGUUCAGCGAGCCUCAUUCAGCUUUCUCUCAUGUUUCGGGUUGUAUUUGACAGAUGUGGCCUUUGCAGACAUCCCACUUUUUACUUUUCCAAACUGGCUGCACGAAAGCAACUGUAGAAGUGAGCCACAUCUGUAGUUACACCCGAACUCUUGCACUCUCUUUCACUGUAAGUUUGUAAGAAAUGAAACAAUGCCUACAUCCAGAGCAUGUAUUUAUUGUAAACAUCAGCUAGAAUUGUGAUUUCUUUCCUCCCAUGUAUGUACUGUGAAAUAUGAAGACUGUAUGUAAAGUACUUAUCAUUAUUCUAAUGUGACAUAUGUUGAAUAUACUUGUAACAUUAUUUUGUACAUAAAAUAUUUAUGAAUCAAG